AUGAUAAACCGCGGGCCUCUCGAUGCUUUCGCUGAGAAUUUGCAUCAGUGGGACAACACGAGCAUCGAAGCUGCUCGCAAGAAGCCAGGCUCACGCGAGUCAGCUAUGCCCAAUUGCCGACCCAACUCAGUGUCAAAUCACCUGGAAGAAGUAUUAAGGGAAAUUGGACAUUCGGACCGUUCAUUAUGUGAAGUGGUACCGACCGCUACAUUUUUUGUAAUCAAUCGAUGCCAUAUUGGAACACGGAAUGUCCUCGAUGAAGUAUGUUACAGGAGCAGUCGGGUACCGCCUCGAAAGUUGUUCCGACUUGACCCAGAUGUUUAUAUGUGUUUUAGCGAGUGUGCAAGAGUGGGUAACCAGGGAGGCUGGCUGUGCCUUAAUCAUAAUCAAGUGGGUCCGAGGGUAGCUUCGCCGAUGGCUGCCAACUCAACACAAAUCCCAGUAUUCCGACGCGCAAACACCCUCCCGCACGGGACUUGCGCCAUCAGAGUGCCGGAGGGACCCGGCAUGCCGGAGUCACCUCGAAAAAUGAGGCCUGGCAGUGUUUCACCCACCUGCUCACCCUGA